UUCUUCCCUUAUCACUGUACCUCAUCGCUCUCUGUGCAAAAGCCUCAAUACGGAAAGGGGACACUUGAUGCUGCAUCAUUUUGCAGCACAAAUCCAGAUGGUAAAUGUGAAACAGGACUUGCACUGAUCAUUCAGCAUCAGAAAUGACCCACAGUUCAGCUGCACAGUGAACACUCUCUACUGACACCUGCAGGACAUCUGCGUCACUGCAACAUCAAAAACAGAAGCAAGAGAAAAACAUUUUUCACACAGGAAACUUGUACAAAAUGUUUUGUACAUUUUAGAAAGAUAACAUCUUCAUCACUAAUAUUUCCAGAGUGGAGAGAAACAUUACAUCUGUCUCUCAGUGAGCGCAGAUCCACACUCAGGUCCUCUCAGAUGAACCACACUGCAUGUCAAGCCUCUGUGCAGCGCUGUCACUUCCUGCCUGUGAUUAAUGCUCUCUGUGCUGCAGGGCCAAAGCUCUCCUGAUGACCUGCUUCUUGUUAACUGAAGGAGAGAAAAAGUCAGUCACUCACAAAGAGGAAGGAAGAGAGCUCGACUGGACUGAGUGAACAAGUACUCACCAAGGGCUGCAAUGGGACAGACGUCUUUUCUGCUCUUGCUGAUCUCACUGCUGUGCUGCAGGACCGAAGGAGCUGGUCUGACUGUGAGUCCCAGCAGCUCUCAGUUCUUCAGCUGGACGUCUGUCUCUCUGAGCUGUGAGGAGGACAGCUCUGCUGGAUGGACGCUGAAGAGGAACACAACUGAAGGACGGAUGUCUCAGUGUGGAGAUCACUGGGGAAAACCUGCUGGUUCUUCCUGUAAGAUCAGCCACGUCCUCCCAUCGGACAGUGGAGUUUACUGGUGUGAGUCCAGAGAGGGAGCAACCAGUAACACCAUCAGCAUCACUGUCACUGGUGGACCAGUGAUCCUGCAGAGUCCUGUCCUCCCUGUGAUGGAGGGACAUGAUGUCACUCUGCACUGUAAACCACAGACCCCUCCCUCCAACCUCACAGCUGCUUUCUAUAAAGAUGGCUCCCUCAUCCGCACUGAGCCUACAGGUCACAUGACCAUCCACCAUGUUUCCAAGUCUGAUGAAGGCCUCUACAAGUGUCACAUCAGCCGUCAUGGAGAGUCUCCACCCAGCUGGAUCUCUGUCUCAGCUGCUGAAGAAAAUGACAUCACUGAUGACAUCACAUACAGUGACAUCAAAAUAUCACGUCACCAACAACAGCCAAUCAGACGAAGCAGAGAGAGUGAUCCAGCUGUAGUUUACUCAGCAGUGAGAGGAGCAGAGGACGUCAGCUAUGGACAAAUAGCCAUCAGACCAAACAGGACGAGAGAGAGUGAUCCAGCUGCAGUUUACUCAGCAGUGAGAGGAACAGAGGACGUCAGUUAUGGACAAAUAGCCAUCAGACCAAACAGGAAGAGAGAGUUUCCAGCAGAGCCAGAGGUCGUCUACUCGUCAGUGAGGUCGACCUUCACACCUUCACACCAGUCCGAGCGCUGACGUCCAGCUGGCCUGUAACUGGUCCUCAGAGCCCCUCACACCUCAGUGCAGCCAUGUGUUUUACUUCUCAUUCUUAAAUGUUGAAGCUAAAUUAGACUCAUGCAGCUUCAUAGACGAAAAGGUCAAAUGUAGAGCAUGUUUUAUGUUUUUAGUGAAAUAUCAGUGAAAUAAAAAAACUAAAACUAAAGAUUUAAAUAAAUAGUUAAUUAUUUUUUAAGUCACUCAGUUUUUUCCCUCAAAGUGUUUCAGUACAGUGCACAACACCAACAUGUUACCUGUUUGGUUGCACUUUUAUUCUUAUAUUUCUAUUAAUCAGAAUCUAAUGAUAACUUCCAGUUGUUUUGUGGUUUAUAUAUUAACUAACUUUACUGUUGUUGAUAUUUAUUCAUGUUUUUGGACUCUUGUUGCCGCAGCAGUGAAUGUGUUUCUCUGCAGGAUCAAUAAACUUUGGUCUCAUUCUUGUUUUA